CAGAUUCUGUGUGUGUGUGUGUGUUGUUUUUAACAGCAUACACACACACACACACACACACACACACACACACACGCAACUCGAAAUGCCACUGAAAGGCAGCUCUUCAAAAAAUAAAAGCGGAAUCCUCUGAACACGCCCUUGUUCCCAUAAGACUUGAACGCCGCAUUAAUCACCCCUCGCACGUGGGCGUGGUCUAAUCGAAAGGGGAGGAGUUGUAUGCGUGCGUGUGUGUGUUUGUGUGCGUGUACGUAUGUAUGUGCGUGUGUAUCUGUCUGUGUGUGUGUGUAUGUGUGUGUGAGUGUGUGUGUAUCCCUGGCCGCAUGAGAUGAGCUGCCCGCAGUCUUUGCAGCCACUGUUUUCGCCUCCUCCUCUAUUGCUUCUGUCUCGCUGUCCAGUCCGGGAAUGUUGACCACCGUGGCCUGAUCCAGCGCUGCCGAGUGUCCCUUCAUCUCCAGACUGCCGCUCUCCGUUUUUGUCUCUGAGGGUCGUAGCCUGCCUCAACUGAUCUGGCUGUAAGGUUCUGCUCUGUCCAUCUUGCAUUAAAACUGAUCCAACCAGGCAAAUUGUACGAAAGAGCUGAGAAACACAAAACAUGGCUGUGGCCGGAUGUCCGGAUUAUUUCCUGCAUCAUCCAAAUUAUCAGCAGGACAAUAUAGACCGGUCCUCCAAUCACAGACAAGCUGACCUCAUUGGUCCGAGCUUCCAGCAAACAGCCAAUCGGAGUUCUCCUAACCAUCAAGAAGAUGACGUUGACCUCGAGGCCCUGGUGAAUGAUAUGAACUCUUCGCUGGAGAGCCUGUACUCCACCUGCAGUGGUCAGCAGACAGAGUCCACCCCACUACUGCACAACGGACAAACCUCUUCCUCACACCAACACCAACACCAUCACCACCAUCACCACACACAACUUAACCACCCACGGCAGGGUCAGCACUCGCACGCGCUAAGCCACGUCUCCCCGGAGCCGCCCUUCACCUCCCCCUCCUCGUCCGCGGACUCGUCCCAAACCAGCCUCAGACGGUCACAACCCAUGCACAUCCUCGCCGUCAGGAGGCUGCAGGUGGAGGAGCAGCAGCUGAGGACAUCUUCUCUCCCGGCCAUCCCCAACCCCUUCCCCGAGCUCUGCAGUCCAGCGAGCUCACCUGUCCUCAGUCCAGGGUCCCUACCUCCCGGAGAACCUUCCACUGGCAAAUAUAUUGUGAAGAUCUUCAGUGAAGACGGCAUGGGUAAAGUGGUGGAGAUCCCGGCCGACAUGACAGCCAAGGACCUGUGCCAGCUCCUGGUUUAUAAAAGCCAUUGUGUGGAUGACAACAGUUGGGCACUUGUUGAACACCACCCACUACUAGGGCUAGAGCGCUGUCUAGAAGACCAUGAGCUGGUGGUUCAGGUCCAAGCCUCUAUGAACAGUGACAGCAGAUUCCUCUUCAGGAAGAACUAUGCCAAAUAUGAAUUCUUCAGAAACCCCCUGACGUUUUUCCCGGAGCACAUGGUUGCAUGGUGCCAGGAAACCAAUCACACGAUUCCACCAUCUCAGCUCCUUCAGAACUUCCUAGCGACUAGUAGCUGUCCAGAGAUCCAGGGGUAUUUGUAUGUAAAGGAGGUGGGCAGGAAGUCAUGGAAGAAGGUUUACAUGUUCCUGCGGCGCUCAGGACUCUACUGUUCUACGAAAGGAACCUCUAAGGAGCCCAGACAUCUACAGUUACUAGCAGACCUAGAAGACAGCAACAUCUUCACUGUCAUCACAGGCAAAAAGCAGCAUGGUGCGCCCACAGACUACGGGUUCUGCAUCAAGCCUAAUAAAGGUCGAGGGGAGUUGAAGGAGUUGAGGAUGUUGUGUGCUGACGAUGAACAGGGCAGGACCUGUUGGAUGACUGCCUUCCGACUCUUUAAGUACGGGAUUGUAUUGUACCAGAAUUACAAGAUUCCUCAACAAAGAAAAACCUUAAUCUCACACUUCUCUGCCCCUGUGCGGAGUGUAUCAGAGAACUCCCUUGUGGCAAUGGAUUUCUCAGGGAGGAUAGGCAGGGUGAUUGACAACCCUGUGGAAGCUCAGAGUGCUGCCAUGGAAGAGGGACAUGCGUGGAGGAAGAGGAGUCAACGAAUGAACAUACUGGGCUCCCACAGUCCUUUGCACCACUCCUCACUCAGCUCAGUUAUCCACAUAGCUCAGCUGUGGUUCCAUGGCAGGAUAUCCAGAGAAGAAUCCCAUCGCAUCAUCCACCAGCAGGGACAAGUAGAUGGGUUGUUUCUGCUGAGAGUCAGUCAGAGUAACCCCAAGGCAUUUGUGCUCACAUUGUGCCAUCACCAGAAAAUCAAACAUUUCCAGAUACUACCGUGUGAAGAGGACGGCCAAGUCUUCUUCAGCCUUGACGACGGCGCCACCAAAUUCACCGACCUGAUUCAGCUGGUGGAGUUCUACCAGCUCAACAGAGGAGUGCUGCCUUGUAAACUCAAACACCCGUGCACCGUCGUGGCCUUAUGACAUCUUCGGAUCAUCUGACCCCAUGAACCCUCAUCACUUGACCUGACUCUGCCUAAAACAAACAAAACAAAAAGAAUCUUUCUGUCGGGUGGUUCUUUUGUUAUUGUCUUUAUAAGAAGCUGGUGAAUUGACUGAUGUUUCAUUGUCGUUGUUUUAUAUUGUCGAGUCCGCCAGAGACUGCUGACUUGUUGGAUUUCUUUUACGUUGCAUGGAUGUUUGAGGAGUCGGAUGCACAACUUCGCUCUUGAGGUUCCUCCGUCAGGAAGAGAGAGAGAGAGAGAGAGAGAAAGGACAGAAAGGAAAAAGAACACUGCCAUUUGUGUCAAUGCUGUUGCAAAAUCUUCCACAAUCUUGCUAUCCACAGUCAUCAAUAAGCUUGGACCCAAAAUCCUUCAAGGUUUAAUCUCACAGUUCAAGUGUAAACUGUAUUUCCCUUCAACUGGACAAUCAGCUGGACAAGUCGAGCUUUCGUUUGGACCACUCUGCUCUCUGAGAACUAACAGUCGUCUCGUUCACACUUUUCAUCACGCAUCCUCAAAGAAUAUACUGAAGAUGGAGAGUUGAUUGUUUUGCACUCACUGAAAUGGGAGUGGCCUUUGACGGUGCAUGACCGCUCCGCUUUUGCAUUACUUAACUGUGAGAUGGUGCCACCGCCCUCUAGUGUCAUAGGCAUGCAAGGACAUGUCCAGAUUCAACAAGGAUGAGAUUUGGAGGCGCCAGAAAGAGUGUUGCUGUUGAAUCUGUUUGAGGUUCGGAGACAACAGAAGCUUGUCAAGUCAAACUGGAGAGAAAGGCUAAGGAAAACUCUGGAACUAUUAGAACAAGGUAUUUUUUUAACAGUGGACAAUACAAAGUCCACCCUCUCAGAAUUUAAUUUGCUCAUCUCUGACAGCACACAGGGUUUCGUUUCUUAUUGAUACAUUCAUUGCAGUUAUGUAUUGUUAUCAAUAUUCUCUUUAAUAAUUUUGUUUAAAGUCCAUUGUUUUGCAUUCUGGAUACUUGCAACUCUUCAUUAUUUACCUAAGCUACAGUAGGGUCAUUCUGUACUUGUUAUUCUCUUGCACGCUCCACUUCCCGAAAGUAUUUCCCAGGCAACUUCCACAAAGGUGAAUAAGCAUGAAUCAAACUAUGGUCAUUCAGGGUAAAAUAACAAGUAAUGAUGCUAGAACAAUUGUAACCAGGUAGAUAGCAGGUGCAGCCAAAUGCAGUUUAUCCGUUUUCUUUCACUGCAGGCAAGUGCAUACAUAAAGCUUCCUGUUGCAUAAGUGGGACAAUGGAGAGCAUCUUUUUUUUUUUUUUCGUCUGAUCCUCCUCGCCACGGCACAGGGGGGAGGAUAACCACUAGCAUCUCCUUCAGGAGUUUUACCCACAUCAUCACUUUCUAUCAGAGGAAACACAAUCUGCGUUACUCUUUACCAAACAAAUCUACUUCAGCCCAGAAAUACCAGUGGAUCCUGUGGGCGACAUCUGUUCUGGUUCUUGGCCCUCUUUUCACGUAUGUUCCAGAAAUCACCUCCUGCCUGCUGGAAGUGAGCGAGAUGGUGUCUAACAUGACUGUGGCUAGGAACAUGGUUUAGUGUGCUCUGACUCCACACUGAUAGUAGACUCCGUGCAUUACAUUCGGCAUACUGCGGCCUUUUUCUGCCUGUGAACAGAACAGUGUCACAUAUACAUCUACUGCCUACUGCACGCCACCUAUUUAUGAAUUCAGACACACUGUCAACAAAAAGCUAACUGCUGCUACAGUAUGCAGUGUCACAUAUCAGACUAUUAAACAAAUCAUAGCUCCCCCUCUAAAGUGAAAAUACUCAGCGGUGUGGAGGCAAAAAAAAAACUGGAAAUGUUACGACUCAGACAUCAGACUGCAAACGUCCCACAGGGCCCCUAUUUUGUUUUAACUCAUGUUCCCUCAUUUGAGUUUACUGACUUGCCCCCCUACAUGCUGUGCUUUUGAAUGUUAAUGAGAGCAUCAGACUGAGAACAAAGGACAUACAACUCUUACUGAGUUAGUUUCAGAGCACUGGAUACGGCUACCUUUUUUGUCCCAGACAGUAUCACUAUCACCAAAAAUCAAUUGUUUUCCUAAUUGUUCCCCCCCCCCACACACACACACACACACACACACAAUCAUGGCCAAGUGGAGCUCCUCUAAUUAACCACAGUGAAAGGAAGAUUUCAGCAGGGUGUCUCUAAAUACCUUGGAUCAAAUUUCUUUGUGAACAGAUAGGGAUACUGUUUUUUGAGGCACUGAUUAUCAUGUCUGGCUGAAUGGAACGAAUUGGAUAACACAUAAAGGGCAAAGCUCAGCCUUCGCAAAUUCUGGGAAGACAUAAGUAAAUGUUCAAAAUUCUUGUUUGGGUUUUGAUAUUUAAGCUUAACCUGGUUUAUCACGUCACACAAGUCAGUCCCAGUAUAUUAUGUUCAGAAUCCCCGUCUUUGAAAUGUCUUAAGUUAAACAGCGUUUUUUUUUUUCAUGUUUUGUUUUUCUGUUUCUUCACCCGAAAUUUCAAAACUCUCACUUGAAAGUUUUUUAUCAGUCCAAGUUUUGUUGGUGGAAGCUCUGUUCAGGCCACCAGCCGGCAGAUUAUUAUUAUAAGUCUAUUUGUUUUUACCAACAUCAACAGCCAUCUUUCAUUUACCUGCAGGUUGUUUUAAGGUAUAUUGAACAUCUGAGAUGCAGAAUAGCCGCACUAUAUUGACACUUUGCGUGGUCACCAUCUAAGAUGCAAUGACUCAAUCAUUUUUUAAAGUAUUGUUGCAGCAAAAUGUAUUUAUUUAUCUGGAUGUGACUGAUUACUUGAAAAUUUUAGAUUUCUUUUUCUCAGCGCUGUUCUGUUUUCUUUUGUCAUUACCAUGAAAUGAUUGACCAGUGUGAUUUAUAUUAUUAUUAUAUUAUUAUUAUUGUAAUGAUCUAGCAUCUAUUGAGGUUUUUCUUUUCUUUUGUUUAUUUUAGUUUUGAUUUUUCAAAAAUAAUUUUGUCAUCAUCAACACUUGUUAUCAAGUGAUGUUUUAAAGCACACUGGCAUCCAUAGUGUUAACAUUGUCAUUCCAAUAGAUGACAGGUGGAAUGUUGUGAAAUUGAAAAGAACAAAAAAACUUGAGUUUCCCAAAGCAUUAGUCACUAAGAUGUUUUUCAUACCCUUUUUAAUUAUUGUUCUUUUUUUCUCCCCAAUCUAUAAAAAUAUCCUCUUUUAAGAAUUCCAACCCUUUUAUGUUGUAAAGCAUCAGGUUUUCUUUAUCAUCACUGUGGUGACCUAAACUAAAGAAAAAACAGAUAUAAAUUAAGAUAAUUAAGAUAGAUUGAAGUAAUUAUGCCACAAAUGUUUUGGGAAACUGGGUGAAGUAAUCCUCAACAUGCUCAUAAAUCACUGUUUAAAUGCCUUUCCUUGAAGAGAGAAUUGUAGAAAUUUAGAUAUAGAAAAAAAAAUCCAUUUAUAUUCAAGUUAAACCUUUUCAAUGAAAAUUGUUAAAAUUCUUAGAUUAGAUAUAAUUGAACAAAUGCAUACCAAUAUUUCCCCCCACAUAUAUGAUAAGGCAUUGUCACAAUUUCCUCUAUGUUAAUUUAUACCCUUAAAACUGCAAUGAACAGGGGACUAACCUUACCAUAACCAAACCAUACCAGAGCAGCAUUGUUAGAUAGGAUACAGCAUUGAUCUCAGAAUGAAGAAACUUUAAUAAGUAGGUAGAUUUGAUCAUUUGCAUGAAUGUGGAUCUUGAGUUUAUUGUGAAGGGAUUCUGUCAUAUCUGAUAUCUGAUAUGUUGAUAUUUGGAGGAAUCUGGAUUAUUACAGUACAUACGUUCUUUUGUAGUUGCUAAAAGUCUUUUAUUUGAAGGAAUUAAGAUCUCACUGAAAUGUUGAUGCUAGCCAUUUCUAAGUACUAAUCAAAGUCCCCUGAGAUUCAGAUUCAGUCUACACCCUUUGCUGUCAUCCUCAAAUUCAUAAUAUUACAUGUUUCUUUCUGACUGAUGUGAAUGGUAGCAGAUGUUAACAUGAGGGACAGGUCAGGUAGCAUUGUGAGGUGCAGUUAGUAUUUGCAUAAAAAGUGUCACAGGAUCUUACUUACUCUAAAUACAAAAGGUGGAAAGUGAAUUCAAUUAGUGAACACACAGACAAAUGAAUCAGGGGAUUUGGAAAUCCACAUUUUUACACUUAACAGAGAUGAAUGUAACUGGGUUGCUCAGGGUUGACUUGGAGCAUGUUAAAAACUACUGGUCCAUCAGAUCUCUAGGACUUUUAUGUACAGGAUGAUGAUGACUCGUGAAUAUUUUAGUUUCAUUAAGCUGGGAGUUAUUAACUUUUCUCCAUUAUGUGCACCACCCGUCUGCUAGUUGUGAUUACUUGAAAAUAUCCUUGCAGCGAAACUGAGUAGAUCCAGUUCUAUUUAAAGAGUACAUUUAGUUUAACAGUGUUUUUAAUAAUAUUAUUUAAGCUGUUCAUGAAAAAGCCUAAAAAUACUUGCCUGGCUACCUGAGCUGAUUUAAAGCCCCACUAAACAAUGUUACUUGGACAACAGCUGAACAAUUGAUAAAACACCCUCAAUUUCCUAAUCCAAUAUUAUAUCAUUCUGUGUCUUAUUGAAAUGCUCAAGUACACACUCAACACAUGUAAAUAAAAUAACUGACAGUGUAGCACAGUGUCAGUUUUGGUAGCCAGGUAAUGUGUAACCACAGAUGGUGCCUCUGAUGACUCCUCUUUCUCUGCAUAAACCAGACCUAACAUUUGACAAAGCUACCCUUCAGAGGGAACCAUUCACACUCAAAACGCUUGCAGUUUUACCAAGUACUCAAUGGAUCCAAUUCAACAACAGAAAACGGCACUCUGAAAGAUUCUGGUGAAAGGUGAUUGAGAAUGAAUGCUUGUGUUUUCAGCUGCAGUUUCAGUUUACUUUUUGACUUGAAAGUGAACUGGCCCCAAUCCUGCAAAGAUGGAUUGAUGAUUGAUCGAUUAUCAUCUUGGCUCUUUUGCAUUUUUCAGAACAUUGUCACAAUGCAAGCAUACCAUGGCUGUACAAAUGAGUAAAGUAAAAAUAUAUCUAUAUAUAAAAAUAUAAACUAUUAUGUAUUUCAGGGAAUGCAAAAAAGAAAACAGUAACUUAUCUCUUUUUUGUAAGAGAGAGCUCCUGUAUUCAUAAUGUGCUUUGCUUCAAUCUGUAAAUAGUUGAAUGGCUUAUAAAUCUUAAUUGUAACCUUUUCAGGUAUUUUUGUACAAAUAAGGGACUGAUAUAUUCUGUUUAUUGUAAUUAGAAUAAAACAUUAAUACAUUGAUAUAAAAACUA